GUGAGACAUUUAAUGACAGCGCCGCCACCGUAUCGACCGCUUAGAAGAUUCACUUAUUGUAAAUAUCAACAAUAAUCAAAUAUCAAUGAAUACGCGAAGAAAAUAUUUGAAAUUUUGUACGUUUUCGUAAAACACUAUAUUUUGUGUUUCAAUAUUCGUCAUUAACAAUUUAACGAUAACGAAAAAUAGAAGCAAAAGGGAUGGGGCGUUAAAGCGAAAGACUUCGAAUCCCGCAUUAUCGCAGGGUUGACGCUCAAGCGAUAGACUUCGAAUCCCGCAUUAUUGCAGGGUCGGCGCUCAAACGAUAGACUUCGAAUCCCACAUUAUCGCAGGGCUGGCGCUCAAGCGAUAGACAUCGAAUCCCGCAUUAUCGCAGGGUUGGCGCUCAAGCGACAGACUUCGAAUGCCGCAUUAUCGCAGGGUUGGCGCUCAAGCGACAGACUUCGAAUGCCGCAUUAUCGCAGGGUUGGCGCUCAAGCGACAGACUUCGAAUGCCGCAUUAUCGCAGGGUUGGCGCUCAAGCGACAGACUUCGAAUGCCGCAUUAUCGCAGGGUUGGCGCUCAAGCGACACACUUCGAAUGCCGCAUUAUCGCAGGGUUGGCGCUCAAGCGACACACUUCGAAUGCCGCAUUAUCGCAGGGGUUGGCGCUCAAGCGACACACUUCGAAUGCCGCAUUAUCGCAGGGUUGGCGCUCAAGCGACAGACUUCGAAUGCCGCAUUAUCGCAGGGUUGGCGCUCAAGCGACAGACUUCGAAUGCCGCAUUAUCGCAGGGUUGGCGCUCAAGCGACAGACUUCGAAUGCCGCAUUAUCGCAGGGUUGGCGCUCAAGCGACACACUUCGAAUGCCGCAUUAUCGCAGGGUUGGCGCUCAAGCGACACACUUCGAAUCCCGCAUUAUCACAGGGUUGGCGCUCAAGCGACAGACUUCGAAUGCCGCAUUAUCGCAGGGUUGGCGCUCAAGCGACAGACUUCGAAUGCCGCAUGAUCGCAGGGUUGGCGCUCAAGCGACACACUUCGAAUGCCGCAUUAUCGCAGGGUUGGCGCUCAAGCGACACACUUCGAAUGCCGCAUUAUCGCAGGGUUGGCGCUCAAGCGACACACUUCGAAUGCCGCAUUAUCGCAGGGUUGGCGCUCAAGCGACACACUUCGAAUGCCGCAUUAUCGCAGGGUUGGCGCUCAAGCGACAGACUUCGAAUGCCGCAUUAUCGCAGGGUUGGCGCUCAAGCGACAGACUUCGAAUGCCGCAUUAUCGCAGGGUUGGCGCUCAAGCGACAGACUUCGAAUGCCGCAUUAUCGCAGGGUUGGCGCUCAAGCGACACACUUCGAAUGCCGCAUUAUCGCAGGGUUGGCGCUCAAGCGACACACUUCGAAUCCCGCAUUAUCACAGGGUUGGCGCUCAAGCGACAGACUUCGAAUGCCGCAUUAUCGCAGGGUUGGCGCUCAAGCGACAGACUUCGAAUGCCGCAUUAUCGCAGGGUUGGCGCUCAAGCGACAGACUUCGAAUGCCGCAUUAUCGCAGGGUUGGCGCUCAAGCGACACACUUCGAAUGCCGCAUUAUCGCAGGGUUGGCGCUCAAGCGACAGACUUCGAAUGCCGCAUUAUCGCAGGGUUGGCGCUCAAGCGACACACUUCGAAUGCCGCAUUAUCGCAGGGUUGGCGCUCAAGCGACACACUUCGAAUCCCGCAUUAUCACAGGGUUGGCGCUCAAGCGACAGACUUCGAAUGCCGCAUUAUCGCAGGGUUGGCGCUCAAGCGACAGACUUCGAAUGCCGCAUUAUCGCAGGGUUGGCGCUCAAGCGACAGACUUCGAAUGCCGCAUUAUCGCAGGGUUGGCGCUCAAGCGACAGACUUCGAAUGCCGCAUUAUCGCAGGGUUGGCGCUCAAGCGACAGACUUCGAAUGCCGCAUUAUCGCAGGGUUGGCGCUCAAGCGACAGACUUCGAAUGCCGCAUUAUCGCAGGGUUGGCGCUCAAGCGACAGACUUCGAAUGCCGCAUUAUCGCAGGGUUGGCGCUCAAGCGACAGACUUCGAAUGCCGCAUUAUCGCAGGGUUGGCGCUCAAGCGACACACUUCGAAUGCCGCAUUAUCGCAGGGUUGGCGCUCAAGCGACAGACUUCGAAUGCCGCAUUAUCGCAGGGUUGGCGCUCAAGCGACACACUUCGAAUGCCGCAUUAUCGCAGGGUUGGCGCUCAAGCGACACACUUCGAAUGCCGCAUUAUCGCAGGGUUGGCGCUCAAGCGACACACUUCGAAUCCCGCAUUAUCACAGGGUUGACGCUCAAGCGACAGACUUCGAAUCCCGCAUUACCGCCAGACCCGCGUACAAUGUGUUAACUACGUUCACGGCUCGCGAAACCCGGAGAAAAAAACACUAUG